CAAGUCGAACACCGUUUAUUUUUUUCAGUCCCGGCGUCAGACAUCGGCGAACAAGCAGUCGGAGGAUACGCGGCUUCGGUGUCCGACAUGAGCAUCGUAACACGCAGCAGAAGCCGCAAGAACGCCAGCGCAGCCUCAGCCACCGAGGAAUCCAGCGCUAGAACACCCCAUGGCGCCACUGAGGUCACGGGCCAAAAGGACAAGCACAACAACUCGGCCGACACCAGCCCCCUCCAUAACUGCGACGAGUGCGGAAAGGCUUUCAACCGUUGGCAUCAUUACCGAAGACACCUCGCCCUGCACCUGUACGAGGAGGCCAUCCGGGCCGAUUGCGACGCAUUCGUGAAGCGCCAGCUGACAGGCAUUGCCAAGCGCGCAAGGGCCGGUCCCCUGCUGCCGGUUUCCACCAGCCUCAAUGACGCGACAGCAAGAAGCAGUAACGCGGUUGUCAACGGAGCAUCCCUUUCACUGAAAGACGACGCAAGGAUUCCCGAUGGCACGAAGGAAGUCCAGAGCAAGCCGGUCGACGCCAGGGGCAACGUUUGUGGCUUGUGCGGGACGUUCUUCAGCCGCUUUCAUCGCUACAGACGACACCUGGCCAUGCACGCCUACGAGGAAGCGAUCGCCGAGGAGGGUGGUGCGUCCAACGAACCGAAGGACGCACAAGACGAGCACCAAUGGCAGCGCGAGGGUGGAAGACUUCGUCGAUGUCCUGAUGGUGGCAGCGACUGUGGCCCUCGCCACACGCCAGACUCGGCGAAGAAAGCGAGCGCCGGUUCUUCAGUUUCAUCGCAGUCCAGCGGCAAGGACCCCGAAACAUCUGGCCCACGCCCGGUCCCAAGGGAGGUCUCGUCCACAUCUGAAGGCGGUGCAAGGAAUGAAACCGAGGAGACAAGCCAACAAUGCGUCUGCUCCGUGUGCAACCAAGUUUUCGUCUGCCAGUACACCUACCACCUUCGGCUUCCCCAGGGCAGGAGAGACGGCUCUCACAUUUGUCCCCAGUGCCACCGCGUAUUCGAUGAUAUGGGCCGUUUAAGCUUGCACCGAGGCGAGUACACCGGAUAGAAAGGCCGCAUAUAUCAUGAACGUCGUAAUUCCUCUCGCAAAAAAAAGCUUUAUCUCCACCAGCAUCUCGCCACUUGACACUGGUGGAAUACGUCCCAGCUAUCUCGAGAUAAUGAAAAAAAGAUAAGGCAUUUGCGAACAAAACGAACCUCGUUUAACCUGGCCAGGAAUGCCAACGUCUGCAGCGAAGAUUUUCACAAAUUUUAUCAGGACCAGAGAAGUAUCGGCGCUAAAUGCCUCGGGUACAUCGGUGAAAGUGUCUGUCAUUUAAUACGAACUGCAGCUUUGACACUGAUUAAAUACGGAAAAAGAAAAGCUUUCGACCGACACCUGAUGUGGAAGCAUUAAUUUCGAUGUGCACCGCUGUUGGAACUUCCACGCACACGUCAUCAGAGCGGCCGAUGCAGGGUCCGUAAUGGCGAAGCGCAAGUCUUUUUUUAAUCGUUAGUGGUUAGCCCGCGUAUGAAGGAGGCACGUAACGUAAGGUGUGCCGCUUCGCAGCGCGUCUUCGACGCCCUGCCGCUAACCACGCUCACCUGGACCCGCUAUGCCUACGCAACGCGCAUCCUUGAACGAGCACCGCUGUAUAACGUGCAAAUGAAUAUUUUACAAUAAAAAAUAAACGACUUCGGAAUGACAA